GAAAAUAACAAAAGCGCGACAGCUGUGAUUAAAUGCCAAAUGCAUAAAAGUAAUAUCAAAUGUGACUUAACAUUCCCAAUUGCUCCGCCAAAGACAACAAAUUAGAAUACAACCGCGAGCAACAACGAUGAACAAGUGCUGCAUACAAACAACGACUCAGCAGCAGGCCACGAUUACACAGUCAUUCAACAUUGUUAACAUGCUGCCCCACACCAACAACACGAACACGAACAACAACAACAAUAACAAUAAUUGUAAAGCACAUUGCAAUGGCAGCAACAAAAAAUGCAAUCCACAGUAUGUAACAGUGUCGCCAGAAGAUCGGAAACACAUCGAACAACGUGUGCAAACCGCUUACGAAUUCUUUGAGAAGACAUUGCAAAUAUAUCGCGUGGAUGAAUUGAUAUUCUGCUUUAAUGGCGGCAAGGAUUGCACCGUCUUAUUGGAUGUUCUAAUGCGCUAUUGUCGCACCCAAAACAUUGCCAGCCAACAUAUUCCCAUGCUCUACAUUGAAUCGGACGAUUCGUUUCCCGAAAUCGAUGAAUUCGUCGCCCGCUGUGUUGAGUUGUAUGACGUCAAACUGAUCAAGUAUAAGGAUUCCCUGAAGCAGGCGCUCACACACAUGACCGAGGAUAUGCCGCUGAUUAAAGCUGUGUUUGUGGGCAGCCGCAACACGGAUCCGCAUUGUGAGCAAUUGCAGCCUAUGCAGAAAACAGAUAGCGAUUGGCCGGACAUGAUGCGACUAAAUCCACUGCUCGAAUGGACCUAUCACGAUAUUUGGCACUAUAUACACCUACAUGGAGUGCCUUAUUGUUCGCUCUAUGCCCAAGGCUACACAUCCAUUGGCUACAAAUCGAACACAUUGCCCAAUCCGCAUUUGAAGCACUGCUCAGACCCAAAUGCUGUGCCAGCGACGUCUUGUUAUCGUCCCGCAUGGGAGCUGGCUGAUCCCACACAGGAACGCGCUGGUCGCCUGUCCAGAAAAUGAUAAAUCACACACACCCAACCAUCUCUCACUCAACAACAAAUCUAGCGAAAUUUCUAUAAAACAAAACAAACAACCACAACCAACUAGCUAAUUUUUGCAAUUGUAAAUGUUAAAGCAAGUAAGCUGAAUACUUAUUGUAUGUAUAUUUUAUAACCUUUCUUUGUACAUAACACAAACACAUACGUUGUGUUUUCAACUCUCUCUGACACACAACCACAAAUAUAUAUAUACUUUAUAUAUA